CAGGAGUCUGUAGAUACUGUUGCUAAGCAACCUGCCCGCUGCUUCACCCGAAAAGUGAUUGUUUUCAACUGUGAAAGACCCGCCCCAAUGACUGCGCCUUACAUCUGAUUGGAGGGAGCGGGGUCUGCGAUCGUCAUGUCGUCCAUCAGGGAGCAGGAAGCCGUCAGUCGCCUCAUGACUUUUUUUAAAGAAUGGGACAACGGGAACAAAGUGACCCGGAGCAGAAUCCUGAAGAACUUCAUCUCAUUCAACCAGGGAAAGACGGGCCCGGAGCUCGAGCAGGAAUUCUCCCAGGGCGGCAGCUUGUUCCUGGCCCGACUGACCACCUGGUUACGCCUGUCAUAUAUGUUUGGGACGUGUCUGAAGGAAAUUCUCCAAUCAAUAUCCGUAUUCCUGUCGGCGGCCGGCAGCAGCCGCUACAAGAUAGAGUUUGUGGAAGUUGGAGGGAUCCUCACAUUACUAGAAAUCCUGGACUUGAAACAGUUAAAUGAAGAACAUAAACUGGAGGCGCUGAGGAUCAUCCAGAUUUUGGCAAGAGCAGGACGCAAAUACAAAGAGCUGAUCUGUGAGAGCUAUGGAGUGCGUGCGGUCGCAGAAUGUCUUGCAAAGUCCAAAAUGGAAGACACUCAGGAAGAGGCGCAGGUGUUACUGGAGCUGCUGGCUCAUGGGAACCCCAAAUACCAGACACAGGUGUACAAGGGUCUGAUCGCUCUCCUGCCAUGCGCCUCCCCUAAAGCUCAGCACCUGGCACUUCAGACCCUGCGCAUCGUCCAGGACAUUGUACAGAAGCCUCUUCCGGCCAUAGUGGAGCCACUGCUGGGGGCGCUGCAGUCCAUGCACAUGGAGGUGCAGUGUGAAGAUUUCCGUGGAGAGGAACAAUCAUGA